UCUCGUGCCAUGACUGGGAACAGGAGGAGGGAGGAGGCUCGCUGAAAUCAUGGACCAGGGUAAGGGGUGGAGGGAUGGUCUCUCCUCAGCCGGUGACAACCCUCGGCCGCCGAUGGCGACCCGGCCGGGAAGGGAGGGGGUCGGCGUGGGCUGGAAGGGUCCCCGGACGCUGGUCCUCCAUAAGAACUCCCUGGGUUUUGGUUUCACGCUACGCCACUUCAUCGUUUACCCUCCAGAGUCGGCGCUGCACACCAACCUCAAGGAUGAGGAGAAUGGUAAUGGAAAGGGGUAUCAGAAAGGUCGACUGGAGCCAAUGGACACCAUAUUUGUGAAGAGUGUGAGGGAAAAAGGGCCGGCCCAUCAGGCGGGCUUGUGCACAGGGGAUCGGCUGGUGAAAGUGAACGGAGAGAGUGUUCUAGGGAAGACGUACUCGCAGGUGAUAGCCCUCAUUCAGAACAGUGAAAGUGUGUUGGAGCUCUCCAUUAUGCCAAAGGAUGAAGACGUGCUUCAGUUGGCGUACUCCCAGGAUGCCUACCUGACAGGCAACGAACCCUACACAGGGGGAGCCGAGUACCUCCCACCACCGCCUCCCCUCUGUUACCCACACACUAAGGCCACGAGUCCUGCCGGAGCCCCUCCGUCUGGCUCCAUGGGCCAGAACCAGCUGGAUAACUGGAGUCGCUGGCCAGGUUCUUCCAGCCCCUCUUCACUCGACAACCGCUCCGCUGUGGGCAGCCCGGCCAGCUGGCAGGAAGGACGGGCGGGAGAGCCAGGUGGUGUGGGUCACAGCAGCCCGGCCCACCGCACAGAGGAGAUCCAGUACGGUAUGACCAGCCAGCAGCCUCAGGGCCAGACCAGGGGGCGCUCCUACUCUUCCUCUUCCUCAUCAGGAGGCCCUUUGUCCAGCCCGCUGCAAGUCCACUACUCGAACCACCACGCUGCCAGCUCCUCUCAGGCUCAGCCACGCAAGUCCAGCUCGGCCUGGACCAGUCCUCCCCUGCCCCAGCUCAGCCAUGGUCGCACAGGGCGCUGCCAGCAGGCCCUCUCCGACUGGUACUACAACCAGGUACCUGAACGAUCAGGACGCAGCAUGCAGACCCGCCACCGCAGCUACUCUCAGGACCGGCUCAGUGAUUCGAGGAGGCAGCAGCAGCGGUCAGGUGGUUGGCCGCACAGCGCCUCCCAAGACACUUUGAUGUUACUACAGCAGUCAGGACCAGGACCCCAGGGAGAGCCCUACUGGUCCUAUGGAGACUGGGAGGGGGGCCCAGGUAGGGGCCCCACCGCCACUAACUACACCCGGACACGCUCCGAAAACCUCCUAGCCCAGUACGAUCGCCACGGCCGCUCGCUAGAGAUGCUGGACCGAGCAGCGGCUGGGCUGGUCUCACCUCAUUUUGAGAGGCCCUCAUGGCCCCAGCAGGCUCCACAGCCGCCCCCCAGGACUGAUGCCCACUCUAGGCAGGGGAAUCAUUACGGUGCGGCACAAGCUCCGCCGGUGUCCAGACACACACAGUCACAUUCUAAACACCACCCCCAGACCCAGGCCCACUCCCAGCCUCAGUCCCAGCAGGCGGCCCCCGCGAGCAGGCCUCCCCCUGGCCAGAGCAUGGACGACCAGCCGGUGGGCUACCGUAGCUACAGCCCCUCUUUUUACCGCAAGACAGGCCGCAUCAUGCAGCAAGCUCACUCUUUCAGGGACCCUUCGUACUCUGGCCCUCACAUGAACUGGAACCCAACGCCUAAAACCAGCCCCCCAGAGGGCACAACGUCGCCAAUCACUGCCUCGGCCGCCUCCCCCCUUGCCUCCGCCACCCCCGAAUCCCAGGACAGAGCGUACAGGCCAACAAACCACGAGAGGGAACGAGGGUCAGUGGAGGGGCAGGCGGAGGUGGCGGCACCAACCCAGGAAGUGGUGCUGAGGCAGAAACCUCCCACCGGGCGGAGGAACGCCCACGGCAUGCGCCACCCACACUACGCGCUGCCCAUGGACGGGCUAGAACCCUCUUUGUUUUCUCCUGAUCCCCAGGACGCAGCUCCUGCCCCUGGUUCCACGGGAGACGUAGCGCCACGCAAACCAAACGGCAACCUCGCCCCCCUCCCCAUAGAGGAUGACUCCCUGGCCUCCAUCCCCUUCAUAGAUGAGCCGACCAGCCCAGGUGCUGAUUUGCGUGCCCGCCACGUCCCGGCGUCCUCCGUGGUAUCCAGCGGCAUGAACUCGGCGCCGGUGGUCACGGGCCCCGCCUCCCCCACCUUCACCUUUCCCCUCACUAGGCUCUUCUCACAGGACUGCAGCAGUAUUAAAUCCGGUCGUCGUUCCUCCUAUCUUCUAGCCAUCACCACGGAGCGCUCCAAGUCAUGUGACGAAGGACUCAACACGUUCAGAGAGGAAGGCCGAGUCUUCUCGAGGCUACCAAAGAGAGUGAAGAGUUUCUUCACAGACGGGUCUCUGGACAACCUUGGCACAGCAGAGGAGGUUCGAUCUAAACGCCACUCCACCUCAGAGCUGGGAAACAUUACCUACAGCGAUGUGCGGCAAGAAGGAUGGCUGCACUUCAAACAAAUCCUCACAGAGAAGGGCAAGAAGGUGGGCAGCAGCAUGCGUCCGUGGAAGCGAGUCUUCUCGGUGCUUCGCUCCCAUUCGCUGUUCCUCUAUAAGGACAAGAGGGAGGCGGUGCUCCGCGGCGCCACGAUCGGAAGUGCGGCCGAGGACGAGCAGCCAAUCAGCAUCCGGGGCUGCCUGGUGGACAUAGCGUACAGCGAGACCAAACGGAAGCACGCUCUGCGGCUGACCACACAGGACUUCUGCGAGUACCUUCUGCAGGCCGAGGACCGGGAGGACAUGCUGGACUGGAUAAAGGUCAUCAGGGAGAACAGCAAGACGGACAACGAGGAGCUCGGUUUCUCCAGACAGGCCCUCAUCAAUAAGAAACUGAAUGAUUACAGGAAGCAGAGUCCAACAGGCAGCAAGCCCGACUCCUCUCCCAGGAUGUCCCGCAUGAAGCCUCCCUUCCUGCUCACCAAGGCGGACAACGCUGCGGGGGCGCCACGCUCCCCCAAAUCAGAGGGCAAAGAUGAGAGCGGCCCUCCGAAGUCUCCGUGGGGAAUCAACAUCAUGAAGAAGACAAAGAAGUCCGGGCCUAAAGCUUUUGGUGUGAGGUUGGAGGAUUGUCAGCUGGGUUUGAAUAACAAGUUCAUCCCGUUGAUCGUGGAGAUCUGCUGCGGUCUGGUGGAGGACAUGGGUCUGGAUUACACGGGAAUCUACCGAGUCCCAGGGAACAACGCCAUGGUGUCGACGCUUCAGGAUCAGCUCAACAAGGGAUGUGACAUAAACCCUACAGAGGAGAAGUGGCAAGACCUCAAUGUUGUCAGCAGUUUACUCAAAUCCUUCUUCAGGAAACUUCCAGAGCCGCUCUUCACAAACGACAAGUACAACGACUUCAUCGACGCCAACCGGAUGGAUAGUACAUCGGACAGACUAAAGACCAUGAAGAAACUGAUCCGAGACCUCCCAGAUUAUUAUUACCACACUCUGAAGUUCCUGGUUGUUCACCUGAAGACUGUAGCAGACAACUCAGAUAAAAACAAGAUGGAGCCCCGUAACCUGGCUCUGGUGUUCGGGCCGACUCUGGUUCGGACAUCUGAAGACAACAUGAAAGAUAUGGUCACACACAUGCCCGACCGCUACAAGAUAGUGGAGACGCUCAUCCAACAUUGCAACUGGUUUUUCGCCGAAGAGCAAGACAAGGAUGAAAAGACGCCGGUGGAUACGCAGGACGUGCAGCCCGCCCCCAACAUCGACCACCUGCUGUCCAACAUCGGCAGGACCGCUCUGCUCGGGGAGGCCUCAGACUCAACCAACAGUGACUCAGCUAAAUCAAAGGGCUCUUGGGGGUCGAGGAAAGACCUUACACCCAAAGACUUCCUGACUCUGUCCAUCAUGUCGGCUGUUACGGGCCGCAAACGCAGGAAGCGCCACAACGCCCGCCGCGUGGGCAGCAGCACCGAUGACGACUCUGAGCACGAGCCAAUCAAAGCUGGACAUUUAGGGGCAGAGGAGGAAGAGGAGGCAGAGUCGCCCGUGGGAGACACUGCUCCUCGAGCAGUGGGAGAGGAGGACGAGGACGAAGAAGAAGAAGAGGAAGAUGAGGAAGUUGUUGAAAGCGGAGUGAAAGAGGAAGUAGAAGAGGAGGCGGUGGCGAUUGUUCCCAGUCGGCUGUGCUGUAAAGAGGAGGAGGAGGAGGCAGGAGGAAGGCAGGCGGCCGUGUUGCUGCACGAGGAGGAGGCGCGGGUGGAGGUGAAGGGGCCGCCGUGGAAAGCUCCAGAGGACGCUCGCUCUAUCGUUUCUGGUUACUCCACCCUCUCCACGUUGGGUCGUAGCCUGGGGUCAGAGGGCAGGGGGGAUGAUGCUGACGACGAGAACAGUGAGCUGGUGAGUGAGACGGACAACGAGAGCGGCUUCGCCUCGCGCUCCCUCACCCAGGAGAGACCCGAUAAACACCAAACAUCGCCCGUGAACACGCAGCCGCCAGCUGCCCCGCGCAGCUUCCUCUACACGCACUACAAACCCCCCGUCCUCUCGCCCACAAACCUGCUCGAACCCCCCACAGCGCUCACGCACACACCGGACUCCGCGGACAGGAGUGACGGAGGGGCGCGGUCCACCACGCCCUCCUCGUCCUCCUUCUCCUCCUCCUCCACCACCCACAGGCUGCACUCGCGGCCUUCCUUCAACUCCCACAAGCUGAUCCAGUGCGACACUCUGGCCAGGAAGAAGCUGAAGUCGGAGAAAGGCAAGGCUCGCUCUCUGGAAGUGAUGGAGCUGUCCGGGGCCGUGGCCGUGGCCGACGGGGCCGGGUCCGGGUCAGACGGUGCACCCAGACUGAGGAGGGAGACUUCCAGAACCAACCCCUCCUCAGGCAGCAGCCAGGAGAGCCUGCGCCCGGCCCGGCCCAAGACCUCCCUGCCACCCAGCGAGGCCGCCUCCUUCACCCCGGCCGGCCCCGGCGGCAGGUCUCUAGCGGAGCAGGUCCGCGCUCGUCUGCUGGGCUCGGCCGACGACCUGCGCAUUGUGGGACUGCGUAAACCGCUGUCACCGGAGACGCGGAGGAAGAGACGGGCCUGGCGCAGACACACCGUGGUGGCCUCCCCGACCGAGAUCACCGACAAGAGACCCCCACUGACCGUCAGUGACUUCCCCCUGUCUCCCAUCACUCAAAACCAGGUCAAAACACCAGGGCUGCCUCGGGAUGCAGACGGGCUCGAACAAGGACCGGCUACACGUCAAGCACCCACCUCUAGAUUCCACCAGUACCUGUGAGCCCCGGCCAGCUGACCCCACACAUCACUCCAGGGGAAACCAGGCUUCUGUGCCGGGGGUCAAGGGUCAGGGUUGGUUGCCAGGUGUAUCACCGUGUGCCACUGACCAGGUCUUUAAAAGCAGCCCACCCCUUUUUCUUUUUUGAUAAGCUCCAUUUGCAUGGCAAGGGGCUUUCCAGUGUUGCCAAAGCUUUUUUCUUUUCUUUUUUUUUUCCAAAAAUGUGUGCUUUUAUAGAAAUAAUACAGAGACACAAACAGACCUCAUCACAAUCAAAGUCACAGCCAAGAAUUCUCAUUUGAGUGAUAACCCGAGCAUCCUUCCCGUCUUCUCUGCCUUCCUUCUCACAGACAGAAUAAAUGAAAGAGUUGAAUUCCUACAAGUGACCAGGGCCGGAUGCUGAACAUGCACCGUCACUCUGGUUCUUGAGAGAAUGGUGCUUCUUUAUCAAAGUGGGGUUUAGCGGUAACUAUGACAACAAUUCUCUGAACCUAUUUCAGUGAGCCAGAAGAGACAGUCAACGCCACGCAGACACUUCUCAUUACAAAAAAAGUUAUUGGUCAGUUUAAAACUCUCAACUGAUUUUUCACAUCAGUCUUUCUAUUGUGUUCCUCCUCAGACCACAGACACUGUAAUCGCUCAUUUAUACUCCAAACAAUAGACACAGUAAUCUCCAAACACACACGCAUACAUUCGUCUCUCUCUCUCUACUUGUUAAUAAUGUUCAUGUGUGUGUUUGCGCAACAAUAUUUGUGAUCAUGUCUGAGCGUGCAGGUGUUUGUGUCGAACAAUUUUUGUAACAUUUGUACAAAGCCUUGUUAAGUUAACCUUGUAAAUAUAAAUAUUAUGUUAUCAUAUUUGUUUUUACUUUUUUUAGUUCCUUUUUUUAUGGUUUACAAAAGUGCGUACAAGUGCACAAGUCAUUUCUUUCAAGAUGUUACUUGAAAUGUUUCCCUUAAUAUAUUCUUUUUUUUUGUUUUAUAUUCAAUAUAUAUAUAUUAUAUAUAUUUUGUAUUAAAGUUAAAAAAAAGUACUUUUAUUGUUAUUUCAUCUGGGUGUACCUGUUCACAGGAGACAAGAUAAACAUGACUAAACCUGCUAAUUAUUUCCUCAUAGAUGGCCUUCCUCUUCGAUUCUCAGCACUGUGCAGAAAACCUUUAUCUCAUGAGAUAUAGUCUUAUAAAUAAGUAUCUCUGGUGAUUGUACUUCCAACAAUGUUGCAUCAACGUGUACACAAAUCAUCUUACAACGACAUGUAGCAAGAGAAGAAAUCUGGUAGUCAUAACAGUAUAUUGGGCAGUUUGCAGGCAGCACAGCGCCACACUGUGACGGCUGAACUUGUUUGUUUUGUGGUUCAUGUCUGGGUUUACUGAGCAAUUCCUCUACAGAUCUGCUCAUAUUUACUGAGCUCAAGUCGAAGAAUGUUCCUUCUUGUAAAAGAGAAGCCUGGAGGGGUUUAACAGACUGUUAGAAUUAUUGUGUAGCGCAUACAAACGGACACAUUUUCACCUCAGUUGGCGGUGAUCUUCAUGUGUUUUCAUCCCAUCCCCUCCGAGAGUUCGUCUGUCUGCACGUUUAUUACCUUAGGGGUUUACAUGAGGAAGACUUUUCCAUAAGGUCAGGCUCUAAUAAAUCCUACCUGACUGGGGAAAUGGUACAUUAGAGCGAACAAAAUACACAAUGAAUCUAUUGUUCUCAGCUCUCGUCUUGAUUUGCCAUCACAAAAUAACACAAACAGGAGGUGUGACUUCCUCAGUCAUGACACUUAUUUUCAUCUGACCAAAUAACCCCGUGAAAAAUAAUAAUAAUAAUAAUAAAUGAUAAGUUAUAGUAUUGUCUUACCUCAAGAUUUUUUUUUCUACAAGUGCCUGAUUUCUGGAAUGUGUUUUUGUUCUGCAGUGCCAUGGUCGGUUCUUAUCUUUCCGUUUCCUUUUGUUGUUUCUGGGUCUCGGCCCUUCUCUCCUGUGGUUGAUGGUAUAACUAAGGCACUGACCCAAAGAUGUGUACAUUUAAUACAAGCGGUCUAACUAAGAAAAAAAAAAAGAUGUGAAAAGCACACUUUAAGCCAAGGACAUGUCUAUGCACUCUCUUUGCCUUUUAACACAGGCAUUAACAGCUAUUACCGACGCUGCUACGAGGCAUAGUACUCUCUCAGCUGCUUUUCUGAACAUCUCUCUCUGCCUAGUGAUCCACAGUGUGUGAAUAUGGUACAUCUAACAAGCCCUACUCUAAACCGGCAUUAGGUCAUGUCAGACCUCAUCCAAUUUCUCACAGAUGAACUAACAACCUAUGACUUCAUCAAAAAGGAAAACUCAACAAGUUGGGCGUGCUGUCUGAAAUUUGAUUCUUACCUUAUGUUUCAUUGUUGUAUUUUUAAAAGUCUUUUUGUACAUACUUUCUUAAUAUGUAACAUAUUGUAUUGUGUACAUUUGGAAUUGCUUUUUGGAGUAUAACUAAUAUGAAAAAUGACUGGACUUAAAGGUCGUCCGCCUGAAACCAUUUCCCUCAUGGAUGUGUGCUUUAAAGCAAGGUUAUAUGAUGUAAAUAAACAGAA